AUGGAGAGGCGAGACGAAUUGCAUCGGCAUUGUAGUGUCGCCAAGCAAACCAUUUUAACAACUCAUCCUAGCGGUCUUCAGACUAGAGUGUCUGUAGAACUGGCUAACUUCGACGCCCUCUGCCUACACUCCGAAUGUAAGACCCCAGCGAAAAGACCGAUAUGGGAGAGCCCGUUUUUGAACCGGCGAGGCAUUUUAGGUGGGGUCUCUGGCCAUUCUACUCCCGUGCUCGGACGAAGGAGUGACGCGGUCAACGAAGGGAGGUUGUCGCAACAAUGCACUCCUGUUAUGAGGAGGAGGGAAGUGGAUAGUCCCGGCGGGUCUCCUUUGCCCGUUAGGAGAGAACUGGAAGAGGAGGAGGGAUUUGAAAUUGAUAACAGUGUCAUCAGUGGCUGGUUGAAAUUUCGAGACAACAAGCGGGUAAGUUAA